AUGAAUGAACUGGAAGAGACGGCCACCUCCAUCAAAUUUCAAAGAUGCAACAUGGAGAGGAAAAUGAGUGCUAUGACCUGUACAAUCUUUAACGAGCUACGUCUCGAGGGAAAACUCUGUGAUGUGGUCAUCAAAGUCAAUGGCAUCGAGUUCAAUGCCCACAAGAACAUCCUUUGUGGAUGCAGCUCAUACUUCCGUGCACUCUUCACAAGCGGCUGGAACAACGUCGAGAAGCGGGUCUACAGCAUUCCUGGUGUGAACCCAGACAUGAUGCGCCUGAUCAUCGAGUAUGCCUACACACGUUCCGUGCCUGUGACUGCGGAGAAUGUAGAACCGCUCCUGGCGGCUGCAGACCAGUUCUGCAUUCUGGGGAUCGUGAGGGCCUGCUGCGACUAUCUGGAGGCCCAGCUCUGUCUGCAGAACUGCAUCGGCAUCUGCAAGUUUGCGGACUUCUACUCCUGCCCUGAUCUGCGCCGCCGGGCCUACCUCUUCAUCCUGCACCACUUUGAGAUGGUGCGUUUCUCGGAGGAGUUCAUGGAGCUCUCUCUGGCACAGCUCUGUGACAUCAUCGAGAAGGACGACCUGAAUGUGAAGCAGGAGGAUGUUGUGUUUGAGGCGGUCCUACGCUGGAUCAACCACUCGCCUCAGGACCGCAAGGCCCACGUCUCUGUGCUGCUGCCCAAGGUCCGCAUGUCCUUGAUGACAGCCGACUACUUCAUGAACAACGUGAAGAACAAUACCCUGGUGAAGGACAAUGAUGACUGCAAGCCUAUCAUCAUCAGUGCCCUGAAGGCCAUGUACGACCUGAACAUGAACGGGCCCUCCAACACUGACUUCCGCAACCCUCUGACCCGCCCACGUCUGCCUUAUGCCAUUCUAUUGGCCAUCGGUGGCUGGAGCGGUGGGAGCCCUACCAAUGGCAUUGAGGCGUAUGAUGCGCGGGCUGACCGGUGGGUGAAUGUGACCCGGGAGGAGGAGAGCCCUCGAGCCUACCAUGGAGCUGCUUACCUCAAUGGCUUUGUCUACUGUGUGGGUGGCUUUGACAGUGUUGACUACUUUAACAGUGUACGUAAGUUCAACCCUGUCACACGGACCUGGCACCAGGUGGCCCCCAUGCAUUCGCGGCGCUGCUACGUCAGUGUUGCGGUGCUGGAUGGCUGUAUCUAUGCCAUGGGUGGCUUUGAUGGUUACGUACGACUGAACACCGCUGAGUGUUAUGAGCCUGAGACUAAUCAGUGGACCCUGAUUGCACCCAUGCAUGAGCAGAGGAGUGAUGCCAGUGCUACCACACUACAUGGCAAGGUGUACAUCUGUGGUGGCUUCAAUGGGAAUGAGUGUUUGUUCACAGCAGAGAGCUACAGCCCCCAGACCAACCAGUGGACUCUGACCGCCCCGAUGAGAAGCAGGCGCAGUGGUGUGGGGGUCAUCGCCUAUGCGGAGCAGGUCUAUGCGGUCGGCGGCUUCGAUGGGGCUAACCGCCUGCGUAACGCUGAGGCCUACAACCCUCUGACCAACACAUGGCGCACGGUGCCCACCAUGUUCAACCCGCGCAGCAACUUUGGCAUCGAGGUGGUGGACGACCUCCUGUUCGUGGUGGGGGGCUUCAAUGGCUUCACCACUACCUUCAACGUGGAGUGCUAUGACGAGAAAACAGAGGAGUGGUACGACGCCCAUGACAUGGGCAUCUUCCGCAGUGCCCUUAGCUGCUGCGUGGUGCACGGGCUGCCCAACGUGGCCCAGUACGCAGCCCCCCGGGACUCCCUCCAGUCCCCCCGGGAAGAGCUGAAGCUCUCCGCUUCCAACAGCAUGCUGUCUGUGUGA